AUGCUCUUUUAUUUUCCGAACUUUCUACUGUUGUGGAGUGUAAAAGCCGAUGAUUGUACUGUGGAAAAAUUUCAAGCACCAUAUGACGAUGUCAACGUGUCGUUCAGUCCCUUGUAAGUUUUUCGGUGCUAGGAAACUAGAUUUGUCACCGUUUGAUAAGGUCUUUAGAUGGCUGGAAAAGUAUAGUGUGUUCCAUGUUUGUGGCCCGAUUUGAAUUAGUCGUAACUUUUUUAAUUUUUGGCCAAAUUUUAAGGUUCUUUUUCCCCAAAAUCCUCAGAAUCUCCUUUUUAAUAAUACCAUUUUUCCAGAACAAUGACCGCUGCCGCCGGCUACAGCUCGCUUACCCUGGCAGUUGAGGACGAGACACAGAAAGGAGUGCUGAAUGUGGGAGCAUCCAACAACACGUAAGUUUUGAAUAAAAAAAUAGCCCUGACCCACUGUUUUCCAGCCUCACAAUUCACGCCGGCCCUUGCACUGCCAUAAUUGAGGUCGUAAUCGUCCAUGAUGGCCAUAAACACAUUACUCUGGUUAACACCAAUUACAAGCCCAUCUACUUUAAUGAUCCAACGUUUAAUAUAGAAUUCCACGACGAGCGCAUCAACAUCAACAAAUAUGGACAGAGAAACUGGGACGUUCCUUGUGAUAAAGUGUUUUUGACUUCGAGAUCGGAUUCUGGAAAUGCUUUUGUCAAAACAUUGUUAUUGGAGCUGAUUGCGGAAGAGCGGGAUGAGAAUGUGACCAUGAGCUUCGUAUGUGAUUUUUAUAAUAUAAGUGGAUUUUUAAAUAAAUUUUUGGGGCUAAAAAUGGGAUUUGAAAUUUUUACGGACUGCACGGUGCAAAAUUGUAGGCUUUUUUUCACUAUAAAACUGCACAGUGCAGAACUGUAGGCUUUUUUCCAUUACGCAACUGCACAGUGCAAAACUGUAGGCUUUUUUCCACUAUGAAACUGCACAGUGUCAAAAAAUUCGGAUUUUGGAAGCUUAAUUCCGGUUUCUUUCAGGAAGAUGCCCAUAGCUUGAACAGUUACCAAAUAAUGGAGGAUUGCGGGUGGGAGUGGACCGAUAUUUUUGAGCAAUUUGCAAGUCCCUAUUUCGAAGUUUCCCUUGCCGCAUUUGGCACGUUGAUUGGUCUGAUUGUGGGCGGAGCCAUAAUGACGGGAGUCUACUUCUGGAGAAUGAAAGUCAUCAGGGCCAAGGUGGUGCAAAUCAUGCACAUGGAGGUGAGGAAUUUGCGGAUUCUGGGAUUUGCGGAUAGUAAGAUAGAAAGGGCGAAUAGUAAGAGUGCCCCAGCAGAGGCACCUUCCUUAUGGGAUAAUAAUUUCUUUUUUAAUUCCAGGUAGAAUGCACUCUUCGGCCGUUGCAACAGAAUGACAUCUCCGAAAGAAGUCGGGCCGAAUUUGACAGGGAAACUGAAGAGAUGAGAAUCGCUUUGAAGAAGGCUAGAGCUAGUCUGGGCUUUCCACUGGCCGAAGAAAAUCAAACUUUGUCGGCUCCGAAUGCUUCUGCCGUAACUACCGUAACCAGCAACACUUCUGCGGUGACAAACCUAACCGCAAAUACCACUGCCGCAACCACCGUAACUAACCUUACCGAUAAGUAG